GCUUUAUCCCUUCAUCCCUUAUCUCCUUCAUCCUCUCCAAUCCUCAUCUGCUGUUGGAGUUUUUCACAAGUUAAGCUACGCCGGCAGUCUAGCAGGAGGAGAGCAAUCGGAGGAGCCAGCGAGCAGGUCGUGCAACCUGGGAUUGUGGGAUCUAAAGCAGCUCGGACUGGGAACGCAGAGCCGGAAGUUGUCUGGGACCAGGAGCUGCCCGGGUUUGCAGGGGAAGACGCGGGUCCUCGUUGUGUGUGGAAUAGUCUCUGCGGCUUCAGAGUGAGAUUUUUCUGUCAGUAACAUCCCCUCACAACUGUUGCCAUGGCAGCUGAGAAAGCUGAAAUGGAUGCACUGAAAAAGGAGUGCGACGGCCUCCGUACACAGAUUGAGGCCGCUCGCAAGGCUGUGAAUGACGGCGACAUGAAAUCGGCAUCAGGUGGCACCGCCUCGGUGGGUAGAGUCCAACUGAAGCUCAGGAAGACGCUCAAGGGUCACCUGGCCAAAAUCUACGCCAUGCACUGGUCGGCAGACUCCAGGUCAAUGGUGAGUGCGUCUCAGGAUGGCAAGCUGCUGGUCUGGGACACCUUCACAGGAAACAAGAUGAAUGCCGUCCCACUAAAGUCUGCGUGGGUGAUGAGCGUGGCCUUCGCCCCGUCGGGGAACCUGCUGGCCAGCGGCGGGCUGGACAACAUGUGCACCGUCUACAACAUCAAGGCUGCCAGCCCCAAGACUCUCAGGGAGCUGGACGCGCACACAGGUUACCUGUCCUGCUGCCGUUUCCUUAGUGAUACUGAGAUUCUGACGGCUUCCGGUGACACCACUUGCUGUCUGUGGGACCUGGAGACCGGCAAGCAGAAGAUCAUUUUCACCAACCACAUCGGGGACUGCAUGUCGCUGGCUCUCUCCGAGGACCAGAACACCUUCAUCUCCGGAGCCUGCGACUCUCUGGCCAAGCUGUGGGACCUGAGGGAAGGGACCUGCAAGCAGACCUUCUCCGGCCACACCAGCGACAUCAACGCCAUCAGCUUCUUCCCCAGUGGAAACGCCAUCAUCACGGGCUCUGACGACUGCUCCUGCAAGAUGUACGACCUGCGUGCCGACCAGGAGGUCGUGGACUACACGGACAGCAGCCUGAACGCCGGCGUCACAUCCCUGGCUCUCUCCAACUCGGGCCGCCUUAUCUUUGCAGGGUACGACGACUUCAACUGCCACAUCUGGGAUUCACUGAAGGGGGAGAAAGUCGGCGUUCUCUCCGGCCACGACAACAGGGUGAGCUGCACCGGCGUCCCGGGCGACGGCAUGGGCGUCUGCACGGGAUCCUGGGACAGUUUCCUCAAACUGUGGAACUGAGGCCCCGCAGCAGAGGAGUCCGACUUCAGGGGAAAAAGGGAGGAGGGGGAGGAGGAGGAGAAGAGGACAAAGGGGCGAAAUGAGGAGAAGAAACGGAAUAACAGAAAAGUAAAGAAAGGAAAGGAUCUGCGAGAACCUUAUUUUUCCAUCUUCCUCUCUUCUUCCUUGCGUGCAAAACACGAGCAUCUGCAAAUGAGCCAAAUUGUACUAAUGGCGUGAGGUAAACAGUGCUGAAUGCAUCCUGCAGCGUGAACACGAGAGCUUUAUCAUUGCUGAGACUAUUUAAAUACAAAAAUACAUUUUUAAAUAUAAUGGUAAUUAUUAAAAGGGACAACAGAGCAGAUUAAACGCUCUUAUUAAGAUCCUUAAAUACAUAUAGAAAAGGAGAUGCACACAUAUUGAAAAAAAGGAUGAUAGAAUUACAUCUUUUGUCUUUAAGAUCUUUGACGUGUAAAAGAGAUCUGCACUGCAAAAAUUCAAAAUAUUACCAGGAAUAUUUGUCUUAUUUCUAGUUAAAAUGUCUCAUUUUUAGUCAAAAAAAUCUCAUUACACUUAAAA